AUGCAGACCCGUCCCGGUACAGUGCUAUCGUGGCAAGACACUCCGCCUUUCCCUGCAUGCUUCUGUUGUCGCAGUCUUCACUUUUCCUCCAGUCUGCAGAGUGCCUGCUGCUGUCGCUGCUGUUGCUGCUACUUGAAGGAGCCCGUGGGCGGUGGCCGCAUAUUGGAUCCAGCGGCGCCGUUGGUGCUGAGAUGUAUUGAUCGAUGGACGGCGGAUGUCCUGAGUCACUUCUCCCAAGUUUCUGCGGACUGUGCGGAGGAGAUGCCCAUGCCAGUGCACAUGCCUUCAGACAGGUAUUUGGAUGGCCUCGACGAAGAGACUCGAGCAGCUGUGAUCCGAAAGUACGUUCCGCAGGAACAAUUUGGAGGAACAGCCGUCAUCUCAACACCGGCUGAAUGUGUGGAUCUGAUGAAGAAGUGGGAGGAGGUAUUUACUGGUCCCGAGUUUCAGUGCAGGAGGAAAGCGCUUUGGGACCGGCGGGACUUGUCCUUCCCUGCGCGAAUGAAAGAAACCAGGACGAUGGUGGCGGAGAGCCUUUCGAAGGUGCUCGAGCCAAUGGGGUUUGCUCCCGGAAAGCCUGGCUUGGCCCGCUGCAUCAAGCAGAUGCAGGUAUAUUGGUCCACCGACAAGGCUUGCGCCGACAAGACUCUGGACUGCCUUCCUGCACAGAGUGACUUUCCUGCUAGACUCGGGGACGCCUUGCUGAACCUCUCCAGGACUCUGGACGGCGAUGAGGUAUGGAGCCCAGAGAUUGAGGAGCUCGAGCUGAAAGGCUCGCACCUCCUUUCUCUCUUCGAUGGGUUGGAUUCCAGGACGACGGAGGUCAUCGUCAGCGCGCCGAACUUUGGGCAGGCAAAGUCCUUGCUGCUGGCAGCCUGCGAGGCUGCAGGUGCCCCAACUUUCUCCCCGGAAGAGGUGGAUGCUACAGCUGUCCGUGUGGUCGCCGAUUCCUUGAAGAGCCACAUUGGCAGAGAUGUCUGCGGCCACCGGGCGUCAGUGUCCGAGGAGCUGGGCUGUUUGAUGCUCACAUUGCGAGAUUUUCGCCGUCCGUUUGAUGAGCAGUUCAGCUCCGAGCUGGCUGGCUUGAUCGAAGAAUCCCUUUCGAGCGUGUCUUCCUUGUCCACGCUUGGCCUCGACUCAUCGAAGCCAGCGGUGAGCGCAGCAGCACGGAGGGAGGCCUAUGCAAGCCUAGGACUUGCAGCUGGUGCAGCUGGGACCGUGGUGACAGGAGGUAGUGCGCUCGUGGCUGUCGGCUUCGCAGCAGCAGCCGCAAGCCUCGGCGCGCAUGCUGCGAUGGGGCAGACAGACCCGACAAGCCCAGCAGUGGGCUGCGCCUUUGGUCGGGGAACUUCUAGAGACUUGCGAGUCAGCAGCGCUGCGGCGAUGCUGCGAGAGUUGUUGAAGACUGGGGUGGACCUGUCCUUGGUAGAUGAGCUCACGGACGAGGAGCGUGUCUUAGGCGGACAUUUAGCAGCUGUCAGGGUGAGGGAGGCGCAAGUUGUCGCUUCCGAAGACGACACACCUCCCACCUUGAUGGCCCCACUUGGUUUGCUCGUGAACAACGACAACCCGCUACUCACGUCCAUGAUUCUUGCAGCCAUGGCAUUGAUCACCGAUUCCAUAACCGGAGCUGGUGAGAUCAAUGGCUAUGUGCUUCGUUCGGCCUUGGACCUCGAGGAGCUUGCGGAUGUGAGCCUAGCAGACUUAGAACACCGUGUGCUUCACAAACUUGGGCUUGCUUUGAUUAUGCCGGAUGCCUCUGCAGCAGCCUUGCAGCAAGUAGGUUUGGCAGGCGUCAGCAACGCAAUUGCUGCUUGCUUCACGAAUCCGGUCGAUGUGGUGAAGGUGCGCAUGCAGUUGGCGGGCGUCUCCCAGAUCACUAGCUGCAAUGCCCAGACGGUGCUGGGAGCCGGCCGAAAACUCUGGCAACAGGAGGGCCCCACUGGCUUGCAGCGAGGACUGCGACCGUCAAUUCUGCGAGAGCUGUCCUACAGUGGCAUGCGGAUGGGCCUUUACGAGCCUGUCCGUGAGACGCUGGCAGGUAGAGGAGGCCAACAGGAGAAGAGGCAAAGAACUUCGCCGCUGGUGGUCAAGAUCCUGGCUGGUGCAAUCACAGGUGCCAUCGGCUCCGUGAUUGCAAAUCCCUUCGACCUGCUCAAGGUACGAAUGCAAGGAGGAGGCGCACAUGAAACUCCGGCUUCUGUGACCGAAGAGUUUACCAGCAUCGUCCAAAGCGGAGGACUCCGCGGACUCUGGCGUGGAGCCGGCCCCACUGUGCAAAGGGCAACCUUGCUCACGGCCUCCCAGGUACCCAGCUAUGACCAUGCCAAGCACACUCUUCUCGAUGUAGGCCUCGUGCGCGAGGGUUAUGUGUGCCACUUUGCAUGCAGCAUGCUGGCAGGGGUUGUUGCAGCGGCAGUCACAAGCCCCGUCGACUUGGCAAAGAGUCGGAUCAUGUCGCAGCCCCUGGACCCGGAGACACGGCGUGGCGCGCUUUACACAAACACCUUGGACUGUUGGAGGAAAACUGCAGCUGCCGAAGGCAUUGGAGCCUUAUUCCGAGGCUUCAACAUGCAGUGGAUGAGGCUUGGGCCUCACACGACGAUUUCUUUAAUGUGCUUCGAGCAACUCCGUUAUUUGGCUGGCAUGAACUUUCUGUAG